ACAAGCUGUCGGUGGUGUUUUAACCGUUGUUAAACAAAAAGUUGUUAAUUUUUGUGUAUCAGCUGAACGUCGUAACAGGCAAUCAAACUUAAAUGUUAUCAAUGACCUAGGAGUAAGUGAGCUUACGUAUGUGGUCUUCUCUACAAGGUUUCUGAACAAACACCACGGGAUGUUGACGAACAGUCGACGCCACCGACUUAUUUACUUUACCUUGACGAAUUCAUUAAUGAAUUACAUAGUCAAACACAGUUUUAAAAUAAAUAACCAGUGCUGGUGCUGAUACUAUAUCGCGUUUGGUUUGAUUUCUGCCAGGGACCAGUUCCAAGAUAUCCGGACCUUACUCAACAUCGAUUCGAAGUCCAAUAUCUCGAAAAUGUCACUUUCGGGUCAUAUGUUAAGAUUAAAGUUGCAUUUCAAUGCUCGAUCUGAUAGUCUCCACGCGUUGCUGGGAUUUAGAUAAAGACUCUUUUAUAUAGCAAACCUACGACAUAUAUCGGCGGUAGAGCGGUGAUACAAGGCCCUGACAAUAACACCUACUGAUGAGGUCCGAACAGCACGUUACUCUGGACAGUCCGAGUUAUCUCCUGUCUGUGAUAGAGGAUUAACCUGAUCCGAAGAUUCCAGGUUCCGAGUGAUUGUUCCCUCUUUUAAAACGCAGACAUGACUGCCUGGUCGUUAUGGCAGAAAAUGCCCCCAAGAUACCAGCUGACGACACGCAGUCCACAGGAUUCAGAGGAACAGGAAGUUUACAUAGACGACCGACCACGCACGCCAAGAACGCCAAGGCCUAUGACGUCACCAAGGUCUCAGGGCGACACUAAUGCACGACCGUCUCCGAGGGCAUAUCUUGCUGGAAGUCCACGCCAAGGGGAAACUCGAACCAACAAUCCUCCAAACACGCGAAGACCGUUAUUUCCAGGUCGAAAAUCAGGCUAUAUUGACCAUAUAAAAACUCAAAACAGAGUAAAUUCGGCGAAAAUAAAAUUUGCUGCGAAUCCGUCCACAACCACGCGUCCGACUCGACAAAGGGCUAAAACAGCUCCACUCGACAGCCCGAGAGGUUCUGAGCUAUAUUAUAGUUCCAGACCAGGAUCGAUAUCUCGCCAACAAAGUCGAGACACUUCCGGGAGUUUGAAGCAAGAGAGUACACCAGGAGAAAUCUCAUCAAAGAUAGAUUUGACUGCAGAAUUGAUUGGCCUAGAUGAUGAUCGUUCCUCAUCUGGGGCCUCGGGAUUUUCCCAUAAAGAAAUCCAGCCUAGAAAGUUUGUAGUACGGGAAACAGGCGAAGGGACUAUAUAUAUAGACAACGGUAAAGUAGUGUUCUUCCGGAAAUCACGUCAGAACAGAACUGACUUGAUGAAAGUCAAUGGUGCCGCUUCAACAGAGAAGGGAGGUUUUCUUGCCAGUAUUCGGCGCGAAUAUCUUAACAAGCCGCGCUAUCUAGUAAAUACAGCGAAAACUCACGGUCGAAAAUCGUCAAGCCAGGAUCGACUGAUUCAACGCGAAAGGGUUAACUAUAACAAAAAAGUUGGACAUAUUUUAGAUUACUAUUCUAGCGAUGAUGAGGACCAAAUUUCCAUGGAUGACCUGUCGAGGUACACUAAGAGUCCGCGGUCUUGGAGAAAUACUUCAGACACCAGAGACCUGUCACCACGCGUGAGGAAAAUCUAUUUAGACGAGAACCCGCGUCAUGAUCGCCGACAUGCGUCACCACAUCAUGACGUCAUGGAUGAUCCAAGCUCAUAUCUUACACUGACAAGUCAGUCAAAACUGCACGACCGGAAGUUUUACCUGCGCACGCCUGGUAUCCAGAUGCUCGUACCAGGUGCGCAAGGAAUCACAGCGGCCAACUAUGACAAGAAUUGUGAAUGUGGGAUGUGCCGAAUAGAGAUGCAAAUAUCUCUGCUUGCACAAUUAGGAAUAGAAUUUCCUGCUCCUGAACAAUUAGCUAAUGAGCAUUUUCUUAAACACCAGGCAGUUAAACAAGCCGAACAAGACACACAAACUGAUAAUAAAACUUCACAGACGGAAAUACAAAACCAUAAAGAGGUGAAAACAAACAAACCCACCGAAACAGAAAUAUCAACUCGUCCGGAACAAGUAUUGAAAAUCACAUUACCGGAAAUGACGUCAGAAAGAGAAACAACUGAUUUAUCAACACGAGGGUCUGCAGGAGAAACUUUCCGAAGUGUUCCCGGGGACUGAUGAUCGAUUUGUGUGUCCAUAGAAUACCACGUUACAUUGCAUUUAGUAGGAUUAAGGGGCUCGGGAAAGGAAAUCGCUAAGUCAUAUCCUUAUUAUAUCGCAGGAACAAAACGCCUAGUGGCUGUCUCCGAACUACAUGGGUUAUUAGUUAUGUCGUAGCAUUCUCGAACUUCUUAAAAGACAUUUUCAUCUAUAAUGGAAUUUUAUAUUCACCGAAUGAGAAGUCCUCAAUUUUUGUAUCAGAUGCUUAAUAAUGUUCAAAUCAUUAAACAAGAUAGAAGUAUGAAAAAUGUCAGGAGAAAUAUACUGCAUUUGGCAGAGAGCACUGUGACGUAGCAGCUGAAAUGACGUCAUAAAGUGAAUAUUGACCUGCUGUUUAAAAAAUAGUAAGACCGAGACAAUAUCACAAAACACCGACCUCCACGUGAUUAUGAUCCAGCCAAUGAGGAUGUAUGAAAAAGUGAGCGUCGCCUAACAAUUUAUUUUAUGUAUUCAGCUCCAGAACAGACUUUACUUGUUGUUAGACGGAUAAUUCAUUUAUAUAAAUGUCAGUGCUUCUCUUUUCGUCACACACUUGGGUGUGUAUGUCUUAGUUACAGGAUCAGCGUAGUCACGUAUCAUUUUGAUUAAUCAACAGUCAUUUAUUCACAUAACAUAAUAUUCGAAUUUAUUUCUUGUCAUACCUUUUUUUCCAACUUGCUCGAGACGUACAAAGUGUACCUACAGUGAACAUGUACAUGAUUUCCCAUAGUGAACGAUUUGUUGAUGAGAACAACGGGAGAGAAUAUCAAGUUACAGGGAAACUAAGGCGGGAUGACGUCACGUCGGUAAUCGUGUCCUCGAGGGAUAAUGCUGCUUUCUGUAGUGUCCUGGUCUAGUAUUUUAGUUCAAAUAUCAUUAUCAUCUUAAAUAUGAAUUCAGCGACUUUAUUUUAUCAGGAUGACGAAUUUUAAGUGAAAUGUCGCCAUUGCUAAAGUCCUCCCAUUAAGAAUCACUGUCACACUGCAAGCACACACUAGGGAAUUAGGGUCACUUUAGACAAAGUCUCAGUUGACCUUUUGUGAUCGCCUUUUGUCCGCCGUCGUGCAUCGUGAGUUCGUAAACAUUCACAUUGUUGACUUCUUCUCCAAAACCACUGAACAGAUUUCAAUAAAAUUUUGUAUGAAAGUUCAAAGGACGAAUUCGAACCAAACUAUUAUUGUGAAAUAUAUGGAUCUGACCUCAGGGGACUGAGUAGGGAAAUACUACUUUAGGGUUUAUUUAAUGCGGAAAGUAAUAAAAACUUUAUUUGAAUAAUAUCAUAUGAUCGCAGUUUAAUGGUUUGAAAAUUAAAAGCGAUAUUGACCCCCCUUUUGCCAGAGGAGCGGGACCCAAAAGGGAAAAUUGGCUAACAUUUCAUAAAUCUUCUUCUUCAGACCAAAUAUGCAGGAAGCAUGGAUAAAAUGCCCUAAGAUGUCUUCAAAAAUUGGCAAAGUGAACUACCUAUGUUGGUCAGGGCGACUGUAUAGUGACGGAGGUCUAAGGUUCGAAUUCUGCCCUGGCCCCAUUAGAGUUCCGCAAGGUAUCGUUUCUUUACAGAAAUUAUUUAUUAAAGCCAUGUCAUUCAGGUAUAAUGUUUCCAAUUCUUAGUCACAGCUUUGGCAUUGGUACGAGGUCCUUUGUAAAUAUUUGGUGCACCUAGGCAGGUCUUAAUCUGGUUUAAUCAUAUCUUUUAUUGAGAAUUUCGUGUCGAAAAACGUAAAAGCGCUAGUAUUUUGAGAGAAUAAAGAAAGAGAAUAACA